UCAAGUGUUGGGGAAACCCCACUGCCGUUGUAGCUAAUGUCGGAUACCAGAAUGCACGGAUACGUGUUUCCCAGCAAAGGCCGCGUGGGUCGGGUGUGCGCGCUCGUGCUCUGAGCCGGACAUCUCGUCCUGUCUGCUGAUGCGCUUGCUGCCGAGCGGAAGCGCUUCAUAGCGAGCUAACCGAGCUACGUGACAUGAAACGGCAAACAUGAGCAGUUGUAGUCGACCCGACAGACACAGGACACCAUCAUUCACCAGGGCAACAACACACUUUGGAGCAUCCAAGUCUGACCUGGAGAGAGAUUCAGGCUUCUCAGAUGCCAGCUCUGAGCACCUUAGUACAGUCGAUCUGACUGACUCUGAAGAUGCGGGACGAAAUUACCCGAUUGGUCCGCAAGUGGCUGUGAUGGGAGGCCCAUAUGCUGGACUUUCUCCAAUGAUCAUCAUGAAUAACUUUAUAUUAAAGCAGCCAUCCCCGAUGGCUCCAGCAGAAAAACAGUGGGGCUUUCCUUCACCCGUGGAAGUGAUGCCUCAGUCACAGAUGGUUAUCCUUCAAACCAUGGUAUCAAAUGGUAGCAGCAGCUCCUCAAACACGGGUUCUGAGAAUACCCGACAAUCAAAAAGCUACGUGCCCAUCCUUAAGUCGUAUCCCAAGAUUGCCCCACACCCAGACGUGCCCACUAAGAGGGUGGGAUCCUCCAAGGUGAGGGUGAGUUCAACGUCAGGAUAUGACCAGCGACCGAAGAGGCACCACCACGGCCACAGGCUCUACAGCUCCCCCAGCCUGCAGCCAGCACUGCAGACUGCAAUCAAAUCCAUCCCAAACUUUGAAGCAGCAAACCAGCAGUCACAGGCAGCUGAGAGUCAAGACAGUGACAAGUGUCUCUCCGAGCUGCUCCCCUACACAAAUGAAUUCAGCACAGACAUUGACAACAACGGGAUGGAUGCUGAUCAGGACGACGGACUCUCAACGGACGUUAACAAACUGAAACGUUUCAGUAAUACCUACAACAUUCUCAACAAAUCUGGCUUGCUGGGGAUCACCAUGCGCACAAAGCAGUUGAUCAAGGAGAAUAAGCGCACCCAGGGGCAGCUGCAGCAACUUCAGGAGCAAACGGUGAUGCUGCUGGAGGCUCAGAGCACCGGAGACCCGCAGCUCUGGACUAAACUGCAGCUUUCUCUGCAGCACACAGACAAGGAGCAAUGUGGAGCCAGAGCUCAGAGAGCCCUGGUGCAAUAAAGUGAUGGACAUGACCAGUGGUUCUUAAUCGGGAGGUCACAAGAUGAUUUAUUGAAUGUGAAAAUAUACAUCUCAAAUCUUUACUAAAGCUGUCUUUGUGUAAAAUAGUCUAGUUACAAUAUUUAUAAUUAUGCAUAAACAAACAAUAACUCAUAACUAAGCUAUACUUUCAUGCUUUUAGAGCGACAUUCAGAACUGCUGGUCUUGCCUCUACUGUUUCAAAAUAGAAAGUGUCACUUGCAAAGGCUAUGAAUUCUUAAUUGCAUUAGACACAAGUAUACAUUACAUAUGAAGACACUUGGGGUUAAGUCCUCAUACAUACCCUGAAUGUGAAAAUAUAAAUAUAAUAUAUCAUUUUUAAACCCGGUGUGUAUAUAUUUGGCCUGUGUUUCAAUAUCCUCUUUAGUGAGAUCUUUAAUUUAAUAACAGGACAAUAUCUUGUCCAUUUACUUUGUUUUUAAAUUUGAUGGAAAAUUUAAGUGAAUAAGCAGAUUCCUCCUUUUGUAGGGAAGUACAUAUACCAACAGUGUGUAUUCUCAAACAUCAGCUGGGUAGCUCAGUGAGAGUUCAGAGAGAUGGCAAAACAUAACAUUGUUUCCUUUUAAAAAAUAUAAUUUAGUUCCGACCCAAGACUAAAGCUGUGUGAAUAACAUAAACAAA